GUAGCAUAAAAACAUACGUAAUUUUCCGAUCGAGAAUCGUCUCCGAUUGACAAAACUUUGGCUCUUGCUUGUAGCGUUUUUUCAAGCCCAACGGUACUCAGCUGCUUUUCCAGAUGAAAUGAGUCUACAGGAUAAUUGCGGUGUUCAGGAGGUAAGAACCCCACAUCGUGGAGACUGUUUCUUACUCCUCCCAUCUGGAGAACGCGUUUUGGUUAAGUAUAUGAAUGGACUGCAAAUAUUAGGAUUUAGUUUUGCUUUUUUCGGCCUUGCCAGUGCAUUCUUAGGACUAUUGGAUACUGUCCUUAUCCCAUCGUUAUCUCCAAAUGAUUCCAAUAAUUAUCCUGUUGAAUUUAGCUUAGCUGGUGGUUAUGGACUUCCUAUUUAUACCGGCGUGCUGGUAAGUAUUCUAUCUCAAAAAAUAAUUUGUAGGUCUUAUCCACUGGAGCGAUGGCCCUACGCACAAUUAUUAGCUUGCGUUACACUUCUGUGAGUAUUAUCUAGUUUCCAAGUUAAAACUUGUCAACAUAUUGUUACAUGUUAUAAUCAGGCUGAUUUCGUUAGACCUUUUACGAUUUACAUUCGUAAACUUAUGUUUAAUAUUCUUUCAGGAAGAUAAAUUGGACCUCGUGUGACCAGCUGGUAAAGCAGUUGGUUCAACUAAAUACCCUAAGAUAAAAUCUAAUUAAAAUACAGUGAUUACUUUUGUAGCAAAUUCUGUUAUCGGACUCCUACAUGAUUUACUCUAACUCCUAGACAGAUAAAUCAGUAUUUUUCAGUAGUUGUGUACACAUAUAUUUACCCUUGUCAAGUAUUCCCUGAUAUUCUUGAGCGUUUUAAUGUGUUUGUCUGCGUGUGUUUGUUCAUCAACUACUCCACUCGUCACAUGCCUUUAGCCUGUCUUUUUCUGUCUGAUUAUAAAUAUUGAGCCACGUUUAAUAAAAGUUAGUUGGCUAUUUCUCCUGCAUUAUCAACUGUUUGGAGUAUACGGUCUUGAAUUACUUCCGUAUUCGACUUUGCAUUAUCUACGUUAGUGGGAUGUUUCGAAAAAAAUAUAUACGAAUCCAAUUAGGUCAGUCAGUUACAACGUACGACCAGGCACAUAUCUGCAUCGGUCCAAGUUACCAUACCUCAUUAGCACAACAAGAUGAACACCGGAUUCACAGAAGUGCUUAAUUCAGUGUUGGUAAUAUAUAAAAGAAGGAUUGCAUAUGAGGACAUAGUACGGGAGGAAAAAUUCAAGUUCGACAUAUAUUUUAUUCAGAUCAACGUCGUUUGAUCGUCCUGUAGUCAAAGACGGGUACAAAAAUCCACUUUAUUUUUUGUUAGACAAACUGAAAAUUUUAACUGGAGGCACAAUAUUACCAUAGCCUAAAGACUCAAUAAGAUCAACAUAAGGACAAAUGACAUGAAGGAGUUAAAUAGACAAUAAAUGGCAAUUGGUUAAUGAAAUGUUCACAAAUUGAAGCUGAAUGAAGAGUCGCCAAGCAUGUCACUGCUGUUUAUUUCGAUCCACUCCACUUGACAUCUAUCAUGUAUUUCCGCCUUCUGACAGGUUUCGGUAAAACGAAAUGUUCCAAAACAACAUACCAAUAUUGAAUGUCGAUGUAAAUUGUUAGCUUAAUUUCACCUGACUAUAAUUCCGAGCAGAGGUAGUUGUUUAGUCGGUUUCGGGAUAUUUGCUCAACAUUUUCCUGAUAAAAACUGACAUUUUAGUCUGAUUUUGGUUUCAGCUACGGAGAUUUUACAUAUCAUUAUGGUUGAUACUGUUGUUAAACGUUGUUUAUUGGUGUUGUUUAAUAGCUGCUAUAUCCUAUGGAAAUUUCGCACCAGAUCCGUCAUCAAAUAAGGUAGGUUAUUUGUUUCAAUGUCAUUAUUUUUUCCGUAUACAUGGACCUGCUUAGUGGUUAUCCUGCUACAUCGUAGCUGUGAUUGUAGAGUUAGAUUAUCACAAAGGUUUAGGUAUCAUGAUAUUGUUUACUAUCCAGUAGACUUCUUAGUUCACAGUAUGGGCUACAAAACUUAGAUUGGCAGUUUUAGAUAUUGAGUAAUGUUAAUAUCUCAAUCGUGUUACGUAAAGAAAUGUACGUCGACACGAUAAUUGUAGUUAUAACACGAGAUACAUUAAUACUAAUUAGUGGCUUAAUUGAGUAGAAUUAUACAAGAACUUAAGUAGUCACGAAUUAUUUAAAAAUGUAUAUAAGAUAUAUGCAUAUCAAUACUAUCGUUUUCUUUGCAUUACAAUACCCCAUACAAUAUAGACCUGUUUCAUUUUGUACCUUAUCUUAGAUGAGGUUUUCUAUGAUGUAUGACUGAGACGUUCAGAACUUGUGGUUAAUGUUUCACGAAUGUAAGUUUUCAACGUCUACCCGUUUCAUAAAACUGUAGAAAACCUAUAUCAACUUAUUCAUGACUCAAGUGAUAUUUUCUGGAUUAUUGGGUUUAAAAAGUGCUUUAUCGUAUCUAAUCUUUUUGAUCCGAUAGCUAACUAUUGAAGUGUAUAUUAUUAGCAAUGAUUCAUCACGAAAGUAUAACAUUUGAAAAAGUAGUUUUUCACGACCAAAUGAUGUUCAUCGAGUAACCACUGGAAAUCUUUGGCCAGUAAAUAAUUAUUUCAUUCUGAACAAGAUCCAUGACUAAAUUUAGGGUUGCUAGAUCAAUCACUAACCAUAUUACGAUUGAUACCGAUGGUCAAAAUUUAGUGGCUAGCAUUCAUCAACUAAAAACAUGUCGAUUGUUUAACUAAACUCACUUAGCAUAGCUUCACGUAUUUUACUUCGUGCUACAUUUAUUGCACAAAAGAUAGGUAUACUACCCGAAUUUUCCGAUGAAAAUAAUUGCAGUGAUAUUUGAAUUCAUAUUAAAAUAAUCACAGACUGGGUUCCCGUAAUUACCCAGUCUCUGUUACUCAAAAACCAUACGUUUCAGUAGUUCUUCCGCUUAUAUCAACUCAAGAUUUCUAAGAAAAUAACUUUUAUGUAACCAAACCCCUGAAAUUAAUCACUUUGAAAUUUCUUCCUCUUUCACUUAAUUUUUAGAUUUCCAACUCACAUACCGUAACAAGAGUUUUUACAGCUGUAAAUUCUGGCCUUUCUUUAAUUCCGUGUUUCACAGGCUUAAUACUGUACAGUCGUCCCAUUCUUAGUAGAAAUCAAAAUAUCUUGUGUUGUUAUUCACUGAUUCAACGAUUUAGUUACUCUUCAUCUUAUAGACGCCUUUCCGAGGACCAAAACCGAAAUGAUAGCACUAGUUCUAUUAGCGAAUGAUUCUUUUUAUCACGUUGUGUUUUAUAAUCUCGUUUUAAAUAGAUCAGACAUUAUAUAUUGUACUUUAAUUAACAUUUUUGUCGAAAUUAAUCGUUUAUAUUCUAUCUUUUAUGUACAUGACUAUGAAAAAUACCUUGAAAAAUUCAUUAUGAUUUUUAAUG